UGCCAAAAUGCAUCACACGGACAAGGAUGGUUUAAUAAAUUAAGAGACAAUGGUGCUCACUAGUCACUAGUCACUAUAGCUAUAAAUCAAGCACAUCACUAAGUUGGUUGCGCGCAUGGUCUCAAAACCUGAAUAUUCGGAGAACUAUAACCCAGUAACUUCAAAAUGUAUCCUCUGAAUCUCAGAGAGAUGCCCACAACAGCAUCGUCCUUGUUCUCCGCCUAUGCCUCCUUCACUGCACUCAUCAUGUUGGUCAAGUCCAUGGCGGACCAACUCAUGUCACUCAUCCCUCCUCAAGUCCGCUCAUACUUGUCCUCAAUCCUCCACCACUUCUAUGCCCCUCGCUCCGCUGACCUCACUCUCAUCGUAGACGAGAAGUGUGGCCAUAUGAUAAACCAAGUCUAUGAAGCCGUGGAGGUCUACCUCAAGACCAAGAUCAGUCCACUCAACGAGCGUCUGCGAGUGAGCAGAACACCCGGACAGAAAACUCUCAGCAUUACCAUCGACAGAAACGAAGAGAUCAUCGACUACUUCGACAACAUCACACUAAAGUGGCGUUAUGUGUGCACUGAAGCACAAAAAGGUGGGGGUGGACCGGGUGGUGACAAGGAAAAGCGCAAGUUUGAGCUUACUUUCAACAAGAAACACAAGGGCGAGGUGAUAGACUCGUACCUACACAAUGUGUUGGCUCGGGCUGAUGCACUUAGACAAGAGGAAAAGGUCCUCAAGCUUGCUUCCCAAAAUUCGGGUAGUUCCAUAGAUCUCCAGCACCCUUCAACUUUUGACACACUGGCUAUGGACCCCAAGCUCAAGAGAAUGAUUAUCGAGGAUUUGGACAGGUUCUUGAGGAGGAAGGAGUUUUACAAGAAGGUUGGCAAGGCUUGGAAAAGAGGUUACUUGUUGUAUGGUCCACCUGGUACUGGAAAAUCAAGCUUGAUUGCAGCCAUGGCUAAUUAUCUCAAGUUUGAUGUCCAUGAUUUGGACCUCAGUAGAAUUUUCAACAACAGUGAAUUGAGGAGGAUUCUGCUGUCUUCUUCAAAUCGUUCUAUUUUGGUCAUUGAGGACAUUGAUUGCAGCGUGCAAAUAGAGAACCGGAAAGAGGAGAAAAGUCGACAAUCUAAUACCAAUUUUACUCUCUCGGGCCUACUGAACUUCAUAGAUGGUCUGUGGUCAAGCAGCGGUGAUGGGAGAAUCAUUGUGUUUACCACCAACCAUAAGGACAAACUAGACCCUGCAUUGUUGCGUCCCGGUCGAAUGGAUGUGCACAUUCACAUGUCGUAUUGCACUGCGAGCGGGUUCAGAAUCUUGGCCUCUAACUACCUCGGCAUUCAAGAAAGCAACCCUCAUAGCCUUUGCGGAGAAAUUGAAGGCUUAAUAGAGAGCACUGAGGUAACCCCUGCAGAGGUUGCUGAGGAGCUCUUGAAGAGUGAUGAUGCUGAUGUUGUUCUUGAAGGACUUGUUGAUUUCCUGAAAAGAAAGAAGGAAGAGAACAAUAAAAUUGAUGAUGAAGGAACUCAAGAAGCUGAUCAAGAUGCAGAAAAAGGGAUCUCAUCCGGUUGCGAUAACUGCAAUGAUGGAAGUGGCGAAGAAUGCGACGAUGGAAGUGGUUCAGAUCUUCUCUUGAAAAUAAUUGAGUAUGACAGCCUCUCUUCCCUGGUCUCAUGAAUGUUUAGGCUGGGUACUGUAGUCUUUCUGAUGUAACAGAUCUUAUGUAUGGAUCUUAUGUAUGGCGAGAGCAAACAUAAUAGACAUCAGGGAUUUCUAAUA